GGAGCAUGUAGUACUAUACUCUAUGCGGAUAGAGGGAGGAGACAAGUAAAGAGGAGGAAGUGGUGGGGGCAGAGCGUUAUUAGCUGUGCGCUGCAAACACCAUCAGGAGGGGAGACGCUUCCCACCGUCCGCGCCGGAGCAGAGCAGGGGAGCCCUGGCAACAAGGAGAGACACAAACUCCGCUUCACCCGACAGGAAUGGUGACAGCACCUGCAGACAGUCAGACGUGGACCGACAGCGCAGACACCCGCAGCGCUUCCCUCCCAUUGGUGGAGAGAUCCAGACUUUGCACCAGGAAUCGCAGCUCCUGUCGGUUAUCGGCAUCAGGCUCCACCUACUCCACCUACUCCGCCCAAGUCGCUCUGCCUCCUCUGCUCAGGGAGUGCUGAGUCCCUGAGUCAACACACUGCAUUCUGGGAUAGUCUGGAACCCUCUCCAUGGGCUGUACCACCUGCUGACAAACCAGGGGGGUCUGGAGGAGUUGUGUUGAAUGAGGAUUGUGCUGGGUGCGGGCAGGCUUGCUUUUACAAGGAAAUGAUUCCGCAUGAAGUGCGACGCACUCGGCCCCCCGUCGUCCUCGGCGGCAGCAGCAGCAGUAGCAGGUGUGGCGACAUGACUCUCUCCCCUAUCACACUGAGCUCACCCUUCAGCCACUAAAGACCUCUGGACCAAACAGACCACCCUACCCUCCCCUCUAACCACCCCUCAAUAUCUUCAUCUCCAUCUGUAAUCCUUCCUCACCUGCUUGUUACGGUCUGGAUUUUCUUUGUUAUCAAGAAAAGCCCCAAUAAUCAACGGCCGUGGGUGAACUGAGGAAAAGAGGGACGAGAUUGGUCAAGAUCAUUUCUGGCUAAUUUAGGCGAGACAAGGGAUGGCUCAAAAGUGAGAAAAAGAGACAGGAAAGUGAAAUCAAAAGACAGAAAAAAGCUAUAGAAGGCCAAAAGUAAAAAUAACACAAGUUCAGUUUAGGGACGUGAGGCAAAGUCAACAUGAAGUCCAACUAUGAACGCAGUAAUGAAUGUCUGCCCCCAAAGAAGAGGGAGAUCCCCUCAAGCACAUUAUCAUCUGACUUUCGCUCACCGGUCAACCCACCUGCCAGUGACAGCCAGCGCACUGAGAACAUGGCCUGGCUGGCCAGUGUGGCUGGUGGGAAUGAGAGUGCCGUACAUGGACACCGUAGCUCCAGUCAGUCAGACGGCCUCCAGAAUAAAUCCCUCUUCUCCACAUCAGACUCUUCAUCCUCCUCUUCCUCGCUGAGGCUAGUCUCAUCUCUUCCUACGGUGUAUACGUCCCCCCUGUCACAGUCCACAGUUGGAGGAACUGUACAUUACGCCCAACUGCCUCCCAACCUGCAGUUUAUAGCCUCACCCUACUCUGCCCCGUAUGCUGGCUACAUCUCCCCUCAACUGCUUCCCCCUCCUCCUCCGCCUCCCCCCUUCUCCUCCUCAUCCUCCUCUUUAGCCGCACAGAGACACUCACAGACAGAGACAAUCUCUGCUCCUUCGCAUGCCUCCAAGCAUGACCAGCAAAGAGCAUCCACGGGGCGCACCUCCAUGCCUCCGCCUUCUACAGACCUCGCCCCUCACUAUGUUCAAAUGUCAACCUCAACACGGACUGUGCCGUCACCUCAUUACCAUGGAGGCAUUCACCUUCCUCCCCAUUCACUGCACCCCCACCAUACUUUGGGACAUGGGAUGUCCCACCUUGUGGUGCAGUAUACGGACGGACCCACGAGGAAAGAGGAAGGUGGCUCCAGAACCAGAGAGCUCCACAAUGGAGAGCUGGAAAGGGGUCGGCGAUUUGGGGUGUCCCCUGAGUCCGGCCACUCUAAGCCAGGGGGCAAAUCCCGGGAUCCCACUUCGUCCUUGUCCUCCUACGAGGCCCGCCAGCUGGUUCUGCAUUCAGACUACUCUACUCACGAUCCCUCAGGGCUGAGAACCUCUUACAUGCUAAUGCCCAACAGCCAUGGGGACCACCAGCUGUUGCCACCCAGACCGAGCCCUGAGAAGCUGACGACUUCUGCCCCCACACACCUGGAGAAAGGUGGCAUCAUCCUGGGCAGGCCUGUCAAUCGCACAUCCUCCUCCUCCAACACCACCUCCUCUUUCACGUUUCCACCCCCAUUAAGUGUGGACAGCUUGAAAGCUGCUGUCAGCAGACUGUCGCCCCAGACUGUUAUCCAGACCACCCACAGCGCUACAGAGUCACUGUCAAUGGGGCUCCCAUCCACCAUAUACCCUCAGCCGCCUAUCAUUGGUUACAUAGCAGGGGGCAGUGGGAGCCAGCAUACGCCAAUCAGCUACCACACCAGCCUACAACAACACGUACUCAUUCCUGGCGCCCAACCGGUAAUCAUCCCCGUCAGUGGAGGUGGAGUCACCACAUUGGAACCGGUAACCUCUCACAUAACAUCCUCUACCCAAGCCGCACCGUUUCCUCCCACACUCCCACAUACAUACAUUGCUGCCACUGCACCCAAAGGAGAAACUCUAGAGCCUUCCAGUGCCUCGUAUCUCCAGACCACUUCAGGUGCAGUGGUCCAAGCCCAUCUCCAUCUCCCCAUUGUUCCCGCUCCGCCGGGGCUGGUCGCUCCUUCUGCUCCUCCUCCCUCAUCCACUGCGGUGGUACCCCACUCCCUCCCCCCAUAUUUCAUCAAGGGCUCCAUCAUCCAGCUGGCCGAUGGGGAGCUUAAACGCGUGGAGGACCUGAAGACGGAGGACUUCAUCCAGAGUGCCGAGAUCAGCAGCGACCUGAAGAUCGACUCGUCCACAGUGGAGCGCAUUGAAGGGAGCCACACCUCCACCAACUUUGCUGUGGUUCAGUUCUCUGUUGGUGAGCACCGUGCACAGGUGAGUGUGGAAGUCUUGGUGGAGUAUCCCUUCUUCGUCUUCGGCCAAGGGUGGUCUUCAUGCUGCCCAGACCGGACCACCCAGCUUCUGGAGCUGCCCUGCACCAAACUCUCUGUGGGCGACGUUUGUAUUUCCCUCACCCUCAAGAACCUGAGGAACGGAUCUCUGAGGAAGACUCAGACCCUGGAGCUCGUCAACCCUGCCUCCGUCCCAGCCUCCAGCCACGGGCACCUCAAACCCCCCAGAGCCGUCUCUGACGCUCCCCAAAGCUGCGGUGGAGGAGGCUCCAGGCACAGCGAGCGGGAGAAUGGCAUCAGCCAGCGAGGGAAGGGUGGGAGUGGAGCGGGCACCAACGUGGUAAACGGGGAUCUCAUGUUUGGGGAAAGAGGGUCCGUUUCUAAAGGUCAGGUUGCCAGCAGCACAGAAGCUGGCACCAGUAAGCCAUCAGGAAGCCGGAAGCGAAGAUGGUCAGCUCCGGAAGGGCGGAAAGUAGACAAACCAGAGGAGGAGCCGCCCCUGACCCUGCCCAAACCUUCCUUCAUCCCUUAUGCGGUGAAAGUCAGCAUCGAGGGAAGGUCAAAUAUUGGCAAGUGAAGGCUAGCAGGACUGUUAAAUAACCAUUGGGAUUUGGAGAAAAAAAACAGAAAAGGAUUCUACAAAAAAAAACAUGAAUGCUCACAUUAAUGUUUCAUUUGUCUUGGUUGAAAAGUUUUGUUUUCCGUUUUUAUUUUUCUAUCUUGAAUAAUGUACUGUAGAGGCAAAUUUACCCUACAUGAUAUCACCUUACAUUAAGUCCACAUAGUUAAUAAUGUAACAACAUUUUAUUUUUAAUAGAUGGAUUUGAUAUCACACAAGCAAUCAAUGCCGGUUUGGUGAGGGAUUUGUGAGGCGUUCUAGAUGUUUAUUGAUGGCUGUGUGGCACACAGGAGCAAUGCUUGAUGUCUCUUUUUUUUGCUGGCUUUACAUUACACAUAAUGUAGAUUUAAAAUUGAAUAUGCUCACAGUUUGCCUAUUGUAAGCAAUGUACUCCCUGUGCGCUGCUGGUGAGGCUGCCACCUCUUUACCGCGCCAGUGGUUUUACACUCGGCCUCAGGAGUCAUAUAAUGUCAGAUGAUCCAGAGCAUAAAGGAUUUGUGAUUAUUUUCUAAAUCAGAGUUUAUGGCAGUUGAAAAAAACGCAAUUCUCCACGUCUUGAGUACAAACAAACCCUGUGUUAUUAUUCACACCGGUGAUGUCAUUAAUUGGUGCUAGUGUGCCACACAGAAGAGAGCUCAGUGUGAUGACAGUGGAGCCUUUACUUUCAUCUUGAGCGUUUUAAUUUUUGUUUUCAUAAACCCCUCGUCUUCUAUCUCACCAGAUAGUUGAUUUCAAUGAUUGUCAAAAAAUCUUAAUCAGGGGUCAUUUAGUCCUAGAUUGAACCUAGGUGGGUUAAUGUAUAAAUGUGAGAUACCCUAAAUUAAUACAUACAAACACACUGGGUUGGCGAACUUCACUUCAAGAAUGUGUUAAGAGGAAGACUGCAUACAAUCCUCAUUGUUUAUUGAUGAAGUACUUUAUAUUUCUUUAUGGACAGAGUGAGAGAAACCGAGAGAAUCUGCAUGUCAGCUCUGAGAGGGUCAGGAUGUUUCAAAGCACUUAACAGACCUGUCACACUCGCCAUACAGACGAAAAUUAUUUUGUUGUCUCUUUAUUUACGCAGUACUGUAUGUUUUUAGAUUAUUUGUUGUAUUAAGACGAGGGUAGAAAGUAGCAACAGCACUUUGUAAAGGUGAAGCUUUUGGAAAAGUGGAGCGGUGGUUUGGUAACGUGGGAGCGCAUGUGCCAUUGGGUCACAAAGAAAGGGAUGAUUGUGACAAGUUCUGGAGAUGCUCUAUCCAGUUAGUAGGUUAGGUUAGUUAGGUUAGAGCAACAUUCAUGGUGACGAAAGGUAUGAGAAAUAUGAUGGUUUACAGCAUGUGAGCUUGUACAGCCGAUGCGAACGUUAGGGGAAAGUAUUGGAACGUGUUUUGAAAGUUUGAGAUCUGGCAAAAGGAUUAACAAGGAACAGGCUUUUAAAAUAUCCCAAUGAUGUUCUGUACUAGACUUAGAGCAUUGAUUAGAAGGUCACGCCACAGCAUUUUGAAGGCUGUCAUAUAUUUGUAAUGUGUGUGUGUGCUAGAGUGUGUAUGAUUCUGGUCUCUGUCUGUCUAUACAAACACACACACACACGCUCACACAAACACAAAACAGUACAGACCAUCCCUAAGACUCAAUGACCUAUAAUAUGUACUGUAUUUAGAUGAAUGCAGAUGCUUUGUGGUGCAUAUUGUCCCCACUGCAAAGACACUAGUUGACUGACAUUGGAUUAACACACACUGCUCACAGCAAAGAGUGCUCUGUGGUGUGUGUGUGUGUGUGUGUGUGUGUGUGUGUGUGUGUGUGUGUAUAUGUAUGAUUGUAUGUAUACAGUGUAUAGGAACAGGUUAUACUCAUUUGAUAUAUAGUCAAUGCUAAAUGUCCAGGGUUUCGGCUUGGAGUCGUAGUUAAUAGAAUCUUGCAAUUUGCACAUCAGGAGGAGGGAGAAGGGUGGAGACAUGAUUUAGAACCGCCCGGUCCUGAAACGAGCCCUAGACCACAUGACACACUGGAGGAGACCAGGGUUGUUGUUCCUCAACAGGCACUUGACACAUUGUAGAGGAAAAGUUUCUACAUCAAUGCAGUUAAGGUCAAAUUACAUUUGAGUUUUCACGAACAUACAUGUAAACCAUAGCUGUAAAACAGAAUUGUAACACGUGCCUGCCUACUGAAUUUAAAAGAUAUGCCAUGUAGUGUAUCUGAAGGAGAAUUUUGAUUUUUUUUGGUCGACUUUACCCGCUGUUAAAAACAGGGUGCAGGGGCUAGGGUCCAGUUUUGAACACAGACUGUGCUUUCAGCCAGCUGAAACCCUAUUUAGCUAAGAUGUAGCAGUUACCUCAACAGAUACGCCUGCCAGGUCGGCCCAACAUUUACUUUACUUAAACAUCCUCACCGGCUCUUUCUGGCUCAAGUUCAGUUUUUUUUUUCCUGAGCUUGGUUUUUGAAGUGAGGUGUACACCACCUGUUCAUCCUUUUACUGUAGCUAAAAUGGUUUAGUCUGUAUUUCUUUCCUCUAACAGUGUAACUGAAAUACAGGGAUGCUUUCUUUUUCAAUUUUGAAAUAUGAUCAAAACAUAAUGAAAUUUGCAGUUUUUAUAUCUAUCCAUGAUGGCAGAUAAACAUGGUCUGGGAAAUAGUAUGAUUUGCCCAGUAGUUAGAUGAACAUGUGCAGGUUGCUGGCCCAAACGUGUUGUAAUGGAGGUGGAGACGACGUGGCUUCCUGCAGGCAUAUCUGUUGAGCAUCUGUAUCGAGGUGUUGAGAAAGAAGUAGAUCAGUCGUAUUCAUCCCACUGAAAAUAUCUGUGGAGGGCAACGCUUCAUGUGGUGGGAGUUUAACCAGGUUGAUGGCAGGAUGGAUGUGAUGUAUGGGGAAGGUGAGUAAAAGAAUAGACUCCAUAUGAGAUUUGAAAAUGCUUUAUUUUUUUAUAAUAAACAGGGUUUCUCAGAUCAACAACACCACAGUAGUACAUAUUCAUUUCUUCCUUUUCCUAUUGAAACAUCCAUGAUGAUUACUAGUAGAAGUAGUAGCAUGUGUGUGGGUAUGUGUGCAUGUUUUGCAAUCUGUGUGUGUGUGUGUGUUUUUGUAAAUGUAUCUACAUGUCACACACACACACACAUGUUUGUUUUCCAACCCUCUUCCCGACAAAUACAAAAGCAGAACCAACAACAUCUAAACAAACCCGUCAGUCACUCAGACCAUUGAAAACUUUCAGGUUAGAAACAUGUUUAGCCAAAGCCAAGUGAUGCUGAUGUUACUUUGGUUACUUUAGAAAGCAAUAGUACAACAAUAUUCAGGCAGUUUCUUUUGUGUAUCAGUAGAACACACACACACACACACAAACACACACACAUUGUCAUUCCACUCAAAUUCUCUGCAAUAAAAUAAAUCAUAAUAAUCGUCUCGCAUUGCAAUCAAAACAAAUCCUCCUUUCCUCCCAUAGAGAAAAUCUUGCCAUAUACUGGAAAAUGCACAUAGAAGCUAAUAUACCUGAACACAACUCGCUCCAGGUCGCACUAUUCCCCUCAUCAUGAAGUACAUUUUAAAUCUUUAGAAAUUGCAGUUGCAACACCAGCUGCUAGUUUUUCAGGGAAGUGUCUCAUAUAUGCAGUAUCGGACCCCCAAAACCUCCAACGUCCCAGCUGGUUGGAGUCAUACAUUCUGUUGUCAUGCUACAGGCGAGCAUAUGUCACAUGCACCUGAAGUAACCAGAAGACAUUUUGACUCCGCCAAGGUCUGCCUCGUUGCCACGACUCCCGUAGUGACCUCGUGAACUUUGUUUCAGGUACCCAAUCAGAGCCAGCCAGCCUCACACCUCCUCCUGAGGCCAAGCAAUCGAUUAACCCUUAACAACCGUUAGCUACCUUUCAGUGUGGCCUGGGCUGCCUGCUCCUCAUCAUAUUUUGAUGUUGGGUCUCCUUUUCACUGCUAGCUUAUAACGAUCAUUGUGUUCAAUAGGAAAUGCAUGCUUAGUAGUAGACGAUGAAACAGAGCAAUCUGAAAUGUAGACCCACUUGAAUGCAGUGGAGGAAAUGGCGCAUCGCAGCAAGGUUUCACAUUUCUUUAGGGUUUUAUUGUAGUUUUCAUUUUGUUAAAAUAACCCCAAAUUUAACCCUUUCAUUCCCUUGAAAUGUUCCACAAUGUGCAAUACUUACAUGUGUCCCCCCCCACACACUCUUUGCUGUGCCAAGUAUAUGUUUAAAGUCCUACUCCAGUGUCUCAUCCAUGUUAAUGGCUUGUGUGUUUUACUGUCUGUCGAUGUGUGUGUCACAUCUGUAAACAAGGAUGUUUGUGAAGAGAAACAAACCCAAUGGAGAUUUUUCCCCUCGCCUUUCUAUCCCUUUUAUCCCUGCGGCCUUCCUAAAUUUGAGUGUGUGUGAGAGAUUGUGUCAUGUCUCCUUGAUGUGUGUGUGCGUCUGUGUGUGUAUGUGUGU